AAUCUCCAAGUUGUUUGUUGACCCACGAAGCCGAAAGACCCGUAGCAGGAAUUCAAAGUUCAUCAAAUCCAACAGUAUCUACCAAUCAAAAUAUCCUUUUGCCGACUCUUCGUCUUCCCAACAUCCUUGGACUCCAUUCACAAACAUGCCAACCAUCACCAAUUUCUACACCAUCCAAGACGCAUCCCACCACAAAACCGAAGACGAUUGCUGGAUCAUUGUCGAUGGAAAGGUAUACGAUGUGACACGAUAUUUGGAAGAUCAUCCGGGUGGAGAUGAUGUAAUCCUCGCUGCAACCGGGAGAGAUGCAACCGAUGAUUUUGAAGAUGCUGGCCACAGCAAAAGUGCAAGAGAACUCAUGGAGAAAUAUUAUAUCGGUGAAUUUGACACUUCGUCUACGAUUUCAACCAAGAAAGGUUAUUACGAAAAGUUCACGACGCAGCUGAAUAAUAAGUCGUAUUUGGGUUUCUCCAUAGCUGUAGUUGGCAUCUCUGUGGUGGUUGGUUUGUUAUACUUACGGAAAAAGUAAUUGUUGGUUUCUUAUAUCCAUUCUUUUUGCAGUAGUUGUUCUGGCUGAAAAUGAAGCAUUGCAACAAAUUUUGUAUUGCUUGAAGCAUAGAAAAUAUUUUAGAAAAAUCGGCUUCUUUCAUAACAAUAAUAAGAGCAACAAUUGAUUGAAGCAUAAUGUUGCAUUUGAGGAUUGAAGCAUAAACAUAUAAUGAUAGUGCUAUUCCGUUGUC